AUGAAGGUUCCACAGGGACUCCCUGUGAGAAAUCCAAAUGCUGCUGGUCCAGUAACGGCAGAGACCUCUGAGCAGCAACCAAGCCUUGCCAGCUUCAACCCCGGCAUCAACGAAAUCGACGACCUUCAACCCCGUCUCGAACUACCACCCCUCCCCUUCUCCCCUUUCGACGGAAGUGAACAUCAUUUAGGGGAAGGGUUUGAAAGCGCAGCGGAGAUGGCGGAUCCUUUCGAGGUUCGAAUGCGCUUCACGCACCAGCUACAGCAUCUCAACGCUUCGGUCACGUCUGCUCAGAAGGCCGCUCAAUAUGCUCUCAAGUACAAGGAUAUGGACGAGGAUUUACACUCGUGCAUUGUCGAGCAGUUAGAACGCGGGAACAAUAUGAACACCCGGGCCAACAUCAUGUACUUCAUUGAGCAUUUUCUUGAGAUGGCGCAAAAGGACAACCACGUAGACUACGUGCGUAUGAUGCAGCGCGACAUCAUUCGCGUGGUUGAUGCGGUUGCGCCGGAUGAUGGGUCUGGCGCCGCCAAUGUGAAGGUCGUCAGAAGAGUUCUCCAAGGUCUUCAGCAGAAACAAUUCUUGCAAGCCCAGACCGUCACAGAGAUUGAGGAGGUUUUGAGAGAGCGCGAGACAAGCGCCCGCGACGCUGGCUUGUCGUCGCCGGUCAACGGGGACAUUGAUAUGGGCGACGCGCCCCCCAGCCAAGUCAUACCAAGUAACGGCAGGGGACCACGGCCGGAAAAACGCCAAAUCGAGCAACGCAUCGAGGAAGACCGUGAGCGUCACAAGAGGCUGCGUGAGAGUAUAUGGGCCAUCCCAUCGCAGUCUGGGGCGGAGACCGACAAGAUCUGGGAGGAGACGAGCGAUCUGGGCGAUGACGACCGUAUCCUCGGUGAGGAGGAGCUUGGCGAAUGGCGCCAGGCCAUGGAGCAUCAAUGCGCACCUCGCCCGCCAGCCGGUCCUGCCAGCACCCGCAUCACGAAUGGCAAAAAGCACUAG